AUGGGGUAUAUUGAAAUUACUAUAGACGAUCGUGGUGCACUAACAUUUAAUGAUGUCAGAUAUAUUCAAAAAAUGAGACAUAAACUAAUCUCCCUAGGUACUCUACAGGCAAAUGGCUUCUCAUAUAAGUCUGAUGGAUAUAGGGACAUUUUGAAGUGUACCAAACACAAAAACAUGAUUGUUACUAAGCCUAUUCAUGUUGUUAACUAUGUUAGACUUAGCUUUUUGAUUGAUUCAUUCAAAUCCAUGCAACAAAUUAAGCAAACCCAUGCACACUUAAUCACCACAUCAAUAAUCUCACACAAUGUACUAGCCAACAAAUUCCUAAAACAUGUUGCUUUAUACUCUCUUUCUUAUGCACACAAACUGUUUGAUACAAUUCCUCAACCAGACUUGUUCAUUUACAAUACCAUGAUCAAAGCAUAUUCUUUGUCACCCAAUUCUAGCUGUGAUUCUGUUGGAGUAUUUCGAUCGUUAAUUCGGGAUUCAGGUCUUUCUCCGAAUCGGUAUAGCUUUGUGUUUACUUUUGGUGUGUGUGGAAAUGGGUUGUGUGUGAAGGAGGGGGAACAGGUUCGUUCACAUGCUGUGAAAGUUGGUUUGGAAAAUAAUGUGUUUGUUGUAAAUGCUUUGAUUGGUAUGUAUGGAAAGUGGGGAUUUUUGGAGGAUGGGCGGAAGGUGUUCGAUUCGGCUAUCGAUAGAGACUUGUAUAGUUGGAACACCAUGAUUGCUGCUUAUGUUGGAUCCGGUGACAUGAUUCAAGCUAAGGAAUUGUUUGAUGAAAUGCAAGAGAGAGAUUUUGUAUCAUGGAGUACUAUAAUAGCUGGUUAUGUUCAGGUUGGCUGUUUCAUGGAGGCUUUGGACUUCUUCCACAAGAUGUUGCAAACCAAGGUCAAACCGAAUGAAUAUACCAUGGUAAGCGCUCUCGCAGCCUGUUCAAAUCUUGUCGCGUUGGAUCAGGGAAAGUGGAUCCAUGUUUACAUUCGCAGGGGUGAAAUUAAGAUGAAUGAUAGACUUCUUGCUAGCCUCAUUGACAUGUAUGCAAAGUGUGGAGAGAUAGAAUCUGCAUCAAGUGUUUUCUAUGAACACAAAGUGAAGCGAAAGGUUUGGCCGUGGAAUGCAAUGAUUGGUGGGUUUGCAAUGCAUGGAAAACCUGAAGAAGCUAUAAAUGUCUUUGAACAAAUGAAGGUUGAAAAUGUUUCUCCUAAUAAAGUAACAUUCAUCGCCUUAUUAAACGCUUUUAGCCAUGGCUAUAUGUUAAAGGAGGGAAAGUUAUAUUUUGAAUUGAUGACUAAUGAUUAUGGAAUUAUUCCUGAAAUAGAGCAUUAUGGAUGUAUGGUAGAUUUACUUGGUCGUUCCGGGCUCUUGAAGGAAGCUGAAGACAUGAUUUUGAACAUGCCUAUGGCUCCAGACGUUGCGAUUUGGGGAGCAUUGUUGAAUGCUUGUAGAAUAUAUAAAGAUAUGGAACGCGGAUAUAGAAUAGGUAGGAUAAUUAAAGAAAUUGACCCUAAUCAUAUAGGGUGUCAUGUUCUGUUGGGUAAUAUAUAUUCUUCAUCUGGGAGAUGGAAUGAAGCAAGAAUGCUGAGAGAGAAGAAUGGAAUCAGUAGUGACAAGAAAAAGAUUCCUGGUUGCAGCUCAAUUGAAUUGAAAGGGAUGUUCCAUCAAUUCCUUGUUGGAGAUCGAUCGCAUCCACGAAGUAGAGAGAUUUAUUCGUUUUUGGAUGAAAUGAUAAGCAAGUUGAAGAUUGCAGGGUAUGUUCCUGAGUUAGGGGAACUUUUGCUUGACAUUGAUGAUGAGGAAGACAAAGAGACUGCUCUUUCUGUUCACAGUGAGAAGCUGGCUAUUGCUUUUGGACUGAUGAACACAGAACCGGGAACUCCAAUUCGCAUUGUGAAGAAUUUAAGAGUUUGUGGGGAUUGUCAUCAAGCAACAAAGUUUAUCUCCAAGGUUUAUGAUCGAGUAAUUGUAGUUCGUGAUAGGACAAGGUAUCAUCACUUCAAAGAUGGAAUUUGUUCAUGCAAAGACUACUGGUAGACAAUGAAGCACUAACAAAAAAAGGUGCCGGACACAACACUUACACAUAGACACUGUCGGUGUUGAACACGGAGACAUGUCGGACACCAGACACACCUUUAAUCUGAAAUGAAAGUGGUAGAUAAGGAAAGUGUUCUUCAAACAUAAUGCCUAAUGCAUAAAUCUGCUCUCCCUGCUGUGUGUUUGAGGAGGAAUUGGUGUCUGGUGAGUUUGGUUGAUUGACAAAGUCCAAAGAAGGUUAAAAGUCCUCUAUAUUUGCAAGUUGUAGGGAUUCAACAAUGUACUUUCCAAAGGAAAGAAAAAAAAAAAGCCCUUUGCUUUAUGCAUCACGGUGAGGGUUUUUGUCCUGCAUGAUGUUGAUUGUUUGUUCAAUGAGAUGGAUUAUUGUGAGGUUUCAUGACAUGCCCAUUUUCUCUAGGAACUGAUGAGGUUGACUUGGUCUGUAUUAAGUACCCUUGACUUGGUCUUGUAUUCUGUAAAAAAAUAAUAAAAAACCAAGUCUUUUGUUUUGUGUAAAAAAUAUGAGAAUGUUAAUGAAGCUGGUUUCUACUAAGCAUAUACUAGUUCUUCUUGACUCGGGGAUUUCCAUUUCCUGAUAAAGCUUGAUUCCGACAAACUUUCUAAUGCUGCAGAAGCCUUCUUGCCACAUUAGAUAAACCCUGUAGUUGAAAUCUUUAGGUAAGGCUGGUGACCUUACAACCAGCAUUGUAUCCCGCAUUCAGGAGGUUUGGAAAUCCAUGCAGAGACUACCUUGUUGUCAUGUUUUAGUAAUAUAUUUGAUCAAAGAUGAGGUUUAAUUAUACAGAAAUUGUAAUAGGGGGAAUGAGAAGCAUAAAAGGAGAGAAGGUUAGGUAUUAAAGGGAAAAAGGAGGACACAACUGAAGUAGAAUGAAUCAACUUGAGAGAGUUAGCAGUGUUCUGGAUUUCUGUCAUUUUCUAUUGCUCAUGUCUUCUAAAAAUGCUGUUCUGAAUUUGACAUGGAAGAAUACUUAGGUACAAGGAAAUAUGCUUUGGUGAAGAUGGAGAUUCUUUUGUUUCACAUUCAUUGGGAUUUUUCCUCAAGCUUUUUCUGCUUUUGCCUUUUGUAGUUUAUGGUAUUUUGUUAUGCAAAAGAAAAGGCACAAAAGAAAAGCAAUAGCAAGGUCAUAUCCUUUGUAACUUAUUGAAUUAGAAGUGUUUAGUAAUAUUAACAAUUGAACUAGUUGAUAGAUAUAAAAUAAUAAAGAUAGAGAAGGAAGUUAAGUAUGUUAUAAGCGGUCAAAUGCAAGGUACUUUUUUA